AUGGCUCAGUGGUCCGAUCUUCCUCAUGAUCUCGUCGUCUCCAUCGCCAAGAGAUUGCUUCUCUUGGAGGAUUUUAUUGUUUUUGGUGCGGUUUGUAGAUCAUGGAAAUCCGCAGCGACCAAGGAGAACUUUACUAGAACACAUCAAGUUCCAUUACUUUUGCUUCCGGAGAAGAAGGGCACUACCCUCCGUGAGUUUUACAGCUUGAAACAUGGCAAGGUUUUCAAACAAAAUAUGCCAGAAUUAGUUACGGGAAAGUUGUUUUAUUCUUCCCUAGGAUGGUUGAUGACUCAGUCUGAUAAAGAUUCGGAAGUUAAUUUGUUGCAUCCUUUAAAUCAUAUGUGCAUUGAGCUUCCAGACGUUGAAACAUUUAAGAAUCUUCACUCGAAAGAUGAACAUCGAAAACUGUUUGGUGAUUUCAUCGUGGGGAAAUUUGUCUUGUCAUCAAGCCCUUCAUGGACAUCGGAUUAUACUGUCAUGAUUCACAGUUGUAAAAGACUGGCAAUUUGCAGACCGGGCUUGGGAGACCAACAAUGGAACAUCAUAGAUUCGUCGAAAACAAAUGAUCGAUUGUAUUUCGAUAUAACUUAUUAUGAGGGAAAAUUUUAUGCAGUGGACUACUUCGGCGAAAUCUAUGUAUGUGAAACUGAAGAUCCUAAGGCGCCAGCAAAAACAAGGAUUAUUGUCCCAAGGUUGCCGUACGAACUUAAAAGCCCUUACAUCAUUGAGAAACUAUACCUUGUGGAAUCGGCGGGGGCCUUGUUGCUCGUCAUGUGUCCUUUAGAAACCAUUGAGUGCUUCAGGGUUUUUGAGGUGCCAAUGAGUGAUGGAAAUUGGUCGAACUCAGAGGUAAAAAACUUGGGAAACAGAAGUCUAUUCCUAGGUUGUAAUUCUUCAUUUUCUGUUGAGGCGUCAAACUACGGAUGUAAAGCAAAUUGCAUAUAUUACACGAAUCGUCCACUUCAACGUCAACAAGGAGAGGACAUGGGUAUUUUUAACAUGGAAGAUGGAAAGGUCGAGUCGUACAUAAAAGAAUCACUCAAUUUCCUAACUCCGCAUUUGUGGGUUGAGCCUUGCUUAUAA